AUGAAGUGCGUCGUACCAGGUUGCGAUACAGACGAUAACGUUGUGAGCUAUACAUCUGUGUUUUACGUAAACUUACCCGACGAUCCGGUCGUACAGCAGCAAUGGUUUACGCUGCUGGAAGUAACGAAUGGCGAUCUUAUGCAGGCACUGUCGUACGGGGAGGUGAAAGUGUGCAGCUGCCACUUUGCCGAAGACAGCUUUGGACGCCACCCGGUGCACGGUUAUCGAUAUUUAUCACCCACGGCGAUGCCAACCGUACUGCCUUCCCGAAGCGAUAGCGAAGAGCUAACUCCCACAAAAGAACCCAACUCAGAUAAAGACAGUGCGCUAGAUUAUUUUCUAGUUUAUCUCGAUGAACCACCCAGCAUUGAUCAGGUAGCACUAGAUCAGACACCGGAUACAGCAGAGCUAAGUUUGAUAGACGAUCUAAAUGAUGUGGAACCACCGGAGCUUACUUCUACUGCGAAAGAGCUAAAAGUAGAUGAAGGUGCUGAAGAAGCAUUAGAAGAAAAUGAUGACAUUGGACCGGUGGAGGAAAUUGGCAUUGAGUACGCGAAUGGCAAAUAUUAUUUUCUCAAGCUUGACGAUGAUCCUGCUACAUCGGACAACGAAGCACGUAUAUCAGAAGUCGAUACGAAUGAACAUGAUGAUAAUGGUCCAGCGGUGAUUUGGGAGAAAGAGGAGGAUGCUGAAACACCAACCAAAAUUGGACAAAUAGAGGAGGAAAAACCAUGCAGCGAAAUAAGCAACGAAUCUGAUGGCGGUGAUGAAGUUUUCCAGGACAAUAGAAUGAGCAGUAGUGACAGUGAAAGCGUAAACGCUCCCACAAACGCAGUACGUUUGAAAAAAUCUAGCAGUAAAUUGAUGGCCGAAGAAGAUGAAUUCAAGGUCAGCCAUCCGGAUAAUACUGAGGUGUUUGAAAUAGUACCAAUGGAUCUGGAUAAGCAUAAUGCAUACGAUGAGUCGGACACUGACCAGGCUGAUGCAGAUGUGGAAAGGAAAUACGAUACUUUGAGCGAGGUCGAAUAUGGUUCCAUCGAGGCACUGGACGAUGAGUCGGUAUGUAGCGAUAGCAACUGGAAACAGAAUCAGGAUAGCCAAACAGAUCGGUUUUUCUGUGACGUUUGCGGCAGAGGAUUUCGGUUUAAAAGUACAAAGGAUCGGCAUACAUUAUCCCACACAAAGGAGAAAAAAUUCAGUUGCGAAGUGUGUGGAAAAGGGUUUACGCAAAAAGUAAACCUUACCAUUCACAUGCGCAUUCAUACCGGUGAGAAUCCUGUCAAGAAGUUCACCUGCCAGAUUUGUCAGAAAAAGUGUACCCGUUUGAGUGAGUUGGAGAUGCACCGGGCGUCUCAUUUCAGGCGAUUUCCACACGUGUGCCCCAUCUGCACGGUACGCUACUCGGAUGCGACCGGUUUCUACGAUCACUUCCUAACGGAUCAUCGCGGUGAAAUGACAUUGAAUGAGCUGUUUGAAUUGCUAUCGCAGAACGAAAACAAUAUAGUCAUUUCGGGUCAGGAACCGGACAACAUUAAGUCCGAAGAUGGAACGUUUGGGUGUACGGUAUGUGGCAAAUCCUACCGAGUGGAAGCUAAUCUGGAACGGCAUAAACGUAGGAUGCAUAUGAAAAUAUACUCCUGUCCCCACUGUGCACGCAAGUUCCCGUACAAGAGUUUGCUGGAAAAGCAUCUGCCGACACACACGCUGGAGAAGCCGUUCAAGUGUCCGCAUUGUACGCUUUCCUACACACAGCGUGUCAAUCUAAGGAUACACAUAGAGCGUAAACAUACCGAGCUAAACUAUACCAACGAGAACUUAUUCGAUGGUGAUGAAAGUGGUGACGACCAAGCUAAGCGAGACAGAGCAAUCGCGCACCCACAGACGUUCGAUUGUGAGGUGUGUGGGAAAAGCUUUCCACGCAAACCGUCCCUACAGCUACAUCGUGCAGCACACGCCAACUAUUCGAACCCGGUGACGUACGAUUGCGACCUGUGUGGCAUUUCGUUGUGUGCGCGCAUAUCACUAUUGCGGCAUCAAACAAGAGUGCACGGCGAGCGGAGAAGGAAACCGAACGUGCUCGGCAAUUUGGAGCUCCGGAACGUUACGAUUGUACCGACUGAUGAUAAUCAGUACGUGGAAAUCGAAGACGAAACGGAUACUAUAGUCGAAGAUUACGAAAGUGAAUGCUAG